CCCGUCUCCCGCAGCAGGCUUGAGCUCCGGCCGGUCGCGCGUCGCCUCCCGUCGCUUACGUCAUGGCUCUCAGCGAUGCCGACGUGCAGAAGCAGAUUAAGCACAUGAUGGCUUUUAUUGAACAAGAAGCCAAUGAAAAAGCAGAAGAAAUAGAUGCAAAGGCAGAAGAAGAGUUCAACAUUGAGAAAGGUCGUCUUGCGCAAACCCAAAGACUGAAGAUUAUGGAAUACUACGAGAAGAAAGAAAAGCAGAUUGAGCAGCAGAAGAAAAUUCAGAUGUCCAAUUUGAUGAAUCAAGCGAGGCUCAAAGUCCUCAGAGCAAGAGAUGACCUUAUCACAGGCCUACUAAAUGAAGCAAAACAGAGACUCAGCAAAGUGGUAAAAGAUACGACCAGGUACCAAGUACUGCUGGAUGGACUGGUCCUCCAGGGUUUGUACCAGUUGUUGGAACCCCGAAUGAUCGUCCGUUGCAGGAAACAGGAUUUCCCUCUGGUGAAGGCUGCAGUGCAAAAAGCAAUCCCCAUGUACAAAAUCGCCACCAAAAAAGAUGCUGAUGUCCAGAUUGACCAGGAGGCCUACCUGCCUGAGGAACUAGCCGGCGGGGUUGAGAUCUAUAACGGGGAUCGCAAAAUCAAGGUUUCCGAUACCCUAGAAAGCCGGCUGGACCUCAUAGCCCAGCAGAUGAUGCCCGAAGUGUGCGGAGCCUUGUUUGGUGCAAAUGCCAACUGGAAGUUUUUGGACUAAGCCUGCAGGAGGUGGCGUCCACCUGCUGUGUGAUGUGGACGUUUCUGACAUUUGAAGAAACAAGACGGCCUGUGUCGCUCCCUCUCUGCUGUCCUCCUGUUCUGAAUCUGUCAGUGGAUGCCCUUCUGUAGCUAACGCCCUGGCUGAUGGGUAAUGAUGGGAGAAUCUCACUUAAUAUGAUCAGGAAACUUUCCUCUAGAUUGUCUCAAAGUAACACAGCUUCCCACUGUUCUGCAGCACG